AUGGUGGCGUGGUUCAAGAGCGAAGAUGCAGGAUCUGUCUGGCUCAGCUCUGUUGGAGGCUUCGAGGGGCGCUCCAUCAAAUCAAGGGUCGUGCGGAGAAUUGGCGCAGGAUUUGGGGCGGAUCGCCCAGUGACAUACAUUCAGGGCACUGACAACGGUGCUUACAGUUUCGGCAAGAUCUUGAAGCCAGACCACACCGUCUGUUCUGUCACCCGAUACACAGGAGGGGGCAAGGACCGCAUCCUUCAGAUCGCCUCAGGGGAGUGGCUGCACGGCCACCAUCAGAAAAAUGUUGGCGUUGCAUGGUACAAGACUGCUUGGCUCACGGCAAAAGAGAGGAACCCCAAAGGAUCAAUGGACUGGGUUGUGCUUUGCGGCACCAACGGCGCGAAGAGGGCGUAUGACUCAAUGACACUGAACCUGAAGAACGUUGCGGAGAAGGGGACCUUUGGGAAGUUCUCUUCUACCCAAGAGAUCUUCGUCAACAAAGGCAGCGGCGCAAAGACCGACUUCGGUGUCAUGGAGCUCAUCACAUGGGACCGUGUGCUGACAGAACAAGAGAUGAAGGACAGCGUGCAGUACCUGAAGUGGAAGCUCCGGGCCGGUGCAGUCCUGGAGGUCUCGGAGCGCUUGGCCCCAGAGUCUCUAAACAAUUUCUGGCGUUUCGGCCAGCAGGAUCGAAAGGGGGUCUCGCAGGAAACCUUUGAGGCCACCUUGGCUAAUGGCUACAAGGCAGCCAUGACAAAAUGGACCCAUUUGCGACCCUACGCGAAGGGCUUCAUAAGGUAUGAUGACGGGCCAGCCUUCGCCACUGUGAAAGACCUGACGCCAGGAGCCAAGUACAUUUACGCGCUCUACAUGAUGUCCCAUGACGAGGACUUUUACCAUGAGGCACUUGUCUCCGUGAACAAUGGGGCCAAGGGCAGGACUUGGGUCAACGAUGACAAAAACGCGCGGUUUUCUGGAGUUGCAGUGGCAACCGGAUCUGGUCAGAUUAAGUUCCGCUUCGAGGGUGUCGACAAGCGCGUACACCUUUGUCGCAUUGCCAUUGCACGAGUGGGAGCCGCUGCCAUUCCAAAGCCAGCAAGCCCUCCUUCACGAGGCAUGGUGGCCUGGUUCAAGAGUGAACAUGCAGGCUCCAUCUGGCCCAGCUCUGUGGGAAGUUUUGAAGGAAAGGCUGACGGCUAUGUGCACCGCACCAUUGAGGCAGGGAAUGGAGCUGAUCGCGCGGUGACAACCUUGAAGGCUGGGACAAGCGGCUCCUUUUCCUUUGGCAAAGUCUUGCCGCGAACUCACAGUGUCUGCUCCGUCACGCGUUACUCCGGAAAAAAACAGUUUCGCAUCCUUCAGGUGGCAGAGCCUCACAAUUGGCUGCAUGGCCACCACAAAGGAUACAGCGGCGUUGCAGAGUACAACAAGGUCUGGCUUACCGACAGUUCCAGACACAAAAACGUCAGGGACUGGGUUGUGCUGUGUGCCACCAACACUCGACAAAGGGCCUAUGACUCGCUCAGCAACAGCCCCAAGAAUGUCGCAAAAAGAGCCGGCGCACAACUCGAUGGUGGGCCCCAUGAGAUUACCAUCAACAAGGGCAAUCGUGACAAGGGAGACUGGCAGGUCAUGGAGCUCAUCACAUGGAACCGGGCACUUUCGGAAACAGAGUUGCGGGAUAGUGUUGAGUACCUGAAGUGGAAGCUCAGGACUGGGGCCGUUUUGGAGGUCUCAGAGCAUUUGAGCACCUUUCAUCAGAAUAACUUCAAGGCCUUUGCCGACCCAGGGAAAGAUCAUGUCGAAUCCCAGACAUUUAGGCCCAGCCUAGCCAAUGGCUACCGCGCGGACUUGGUAGGUUGGACACACACGCGGGGCUAUGCGUCUGGCUUUCUGAGGAUUGCAGAUGACCAAGCCAGAGCAGUGGUUCCGGGCCUCGUCCCGGCAGCAACGUAUGUGUACCAACUGUACAUGAGGAUAGACUAUUCGUCAAGAGAAGGUCUGUGCAAAGUCACCGUGAACCAUGGGAGAAUUGGGUCGACAGGCCAGACUGAGUUUUUGGGGCCAAGAUUUGCAGGAGUGGCGGUGGCUACCCCUAGGGGUGAAAUCAUCUUCGAGUUCGAGCGAAUUGAUUCCCGAUGUGCUCUUAGUGGUAUCGCCAUCGUUGCAGUUGCCCGCCCCUCCGCUCUAUUGGAAACCACCAGCAGAGUGUCAUAUGCACCAUCGGCAAGAGUGACACGGGGCUUCUUUCACUUGGACUUGUACCAGCAGUGCGACACCGUACUGAUGCUUGGCGGGGCAGGCGUGGAGCAAUGCGGGCGGCCUAGCCACAGAACCAUUGAUUCGCACCCCUGGCAGCACAAGAGGCCGCUGCCAGCGGCCUUGGAACACGGCAGCCUCCUGGUUGCUUCCUGCUGGGCUGAGCGGUACCGACUUCUGCGACGUAGCCGGGUUGUUUCUGCGGAACAGCUACGCUGCGUCAAUGGCAAGUGGUACAACAGUCUCGGCGAGUUCGGGCUAAGCAACUUGGCCUGCGAAGGCUGCGUACAAGUUGCCGCGCGAGGUUACGCCCCAUACGAGAAGCGAAAUGAGCAGGAGCUGUACUUCUUCAACCGCAUGGCCUUGAGCAUCUACACCGAGUUGGGAAUGACCAAGGAGUUAAGCGAGACUGCGAAGCACAAGCAUUGCUUGGAGCCGUCCGCUGAUGGGAGCAUGACCGUCGGGGCAGGGACAAUCUGCCCAGCCAAUAUGCUGGCACAGGUCACCGGGUGGGCAAGUCCUCAGGCUCGCAUCUUCAAGCUCCUCCCUGAGGACAAGGAUGAAUGCAUGAGCGCAUCGCCGAUAUCCAGGCUAAGCCACAUGAAGUGCAACGCGCAGCUGGGCGAUACAAACAGCAAAACUGUCUGCAAGUUUGCCCCGCUCAUCCAGUUCGGCGAUUUCGUCGAUACCGGCAUCACGCGGGUGAAGGAAGAUUCGGAAUGGCCAGGAUGGCGCAACCAACUUGCAGACAACGAGGUGCAAUGUGCAGAGGGUGAGGCACUGACAGGCUUCAAGCUGGACUCUGGACUCAAAACCUACCGCUACGAGUGCAGCAAGAUCGGUGGUUUGGGUGCGUGCUUCGACGCCUUCAGCUCUCAGGUCGAGGUGGUGGACUUUGGUUCAAAGUCCUGGAAGAAACCGUUGCGGAAAUUGACCGUGAGCUGCGGUGUGAACGCUGUGGUUGGUGGCUUCCACUUUGAGUUCUCUGAGGGUGGCAAGUGGGGUCGAGUGCGAUACCGAUGCUGCAAGGCAGGUGGAGCACCUAUCAGCAUUGAACCUCGUGGCCAGAAGUCACAGCUUGUAAGCCGCUUUGACGGCGUGUACUGUCCCACUGGUCGUGAUGGACAGACCGGACGCUUGACCUACGUGGGCAGCAAUGGGCGCUCCGUGACCUUCCAGCGCAGCUCCGGCAAAUGGUGCGUGGGCGAGGACUGCUCUGAGGUCACCAGCAGUGCUACCCCACUCCAUGUGGAAGGUGCUGCCUUCGAGGUUGUGAAUGUGAGUGACUUCAACGGGGAAUUCGUUGGGCAGAUGCCGAAGAUCGACGGAAGUAAGGCGCUAUCCUUGGCGGAGGCCAUGAAGCUGAAGCCCCCAAAGCGGCCAGCGCAGCCUCCCAUGCCAGAGCUGGAAGAGUUCAAAGCCCAACAACCGCAGUAUUCGGCAGAGUGCCUGAAUUACGAGAACUUGUGGAAGGAUGUGACCGAGACGUUCAAAGAUGAGGAGGACAGCGACGUGACAAAAACGUCAAAGUUGGAGGCAGACCCUGCCACCAAGGAUACGACGUUGGAUUCAUAUCAUCCAUGUGAAGUGGCCAAAACCGUUGGCGGCGUUCUCGGACGGCAUGGCGGAGGCGAUGGCUCCACCGCGCCGGAGAACAUGAUGUAUGACUCGUGGAAUGCAUGCGCUGCAGGUGACAUUGGUCGAGCGGCUGUUUUGGGAAAGCUGAAUUACCAUCUUUCCCUAACAAACCUGAUCUUGGACAUGACCGAGGAAAGCCUGGGCUCCAUAUGCCCCGUCAUACCAGAUGUCACAAUCGCACCUCUUGGUGUGGGUCAAGAGAUCAACCCCAAUGACAUUUGCGACAGUAUAACGGAACUCAUCCCAGAGAUCAAGAAGUGGACUGGACCAGCGAGCAAUGUCGGCACCUCAAUCGAAGAAUAUGCCGUAAGUCAGGAAGCCGCGGCAGCCUGCGAUCCCAUCCAGGUGGGCUUUGCAAGGGCCUUCUGCGACAUCCACUGCGUGCGCGAUGCCGUGAUCCGGGGAGAUCGCUCCAUCAUUCGAAACCUCGAGCUGGCGACCAAAAAGACGAACAGCAACAUGAAGGCUUUGGUGAAAUGGUCCGCAGAGGCAGCACGCACAGAGACCGGCUGGCUUGGUGACAAGCUGGACUAUAUGCAUGCCAUCAACACAGCAUACCUGCAAGAGAUCCAUACCAUGCUGACAGAGCAAGGGUCUGACCAAGACCAGGAAGCGCUCCUGCAAAACACCAAGAUACUGACCGACAGCAUGCUCCAGGAGCUGGCUGGCUAUGCGGAGGCCUCCUCUUUCAACGAGCUCUCGCGCAUCACGGCCACAGGUGCCUUGACAGAAUUCCUCCAGGCACCAGACCUUCCGAACUCUCCUAAUGCCACGGAAGCGGCAUCCCUGCUCAGCCGUCUCGAUGUCAUGCACCAGACGUUGCAGCGAGCUGGCAACGGCCAAGACAAGCAGAGGAUGCUGUCCCACCAGAUAGCAGAAAGUCUGCGGGGCCUACAGCAUCAGGCGAGCUCCCAGCUGCGAACUUUGGGGAUCUACAGGAUGGAAUCCAACGCCUCCAGCUACCUUGCUCGGAGCAAGUCAGCUUUGGUCCAAGAGCGUCACCAGGUCAUGGUGGCCAUGGACCACCUUUGGUGGCAGCUCCGCACCAAGCUGGAUGCAUACCUUGAUGCGGCAGAGGAGGAGGUGCAAAGCUUCCAAAGCUCCGUGGAAGAGAUGCAGAGCUUCAUGGCUUGCAACCAAGGCUUUACCGGCCUGGCUGCGAGCUACACCACCAGCAUGGCGGCCAUGCAACGCAGCCACCGCCACCUACGAGCGGCAUGGUUGGAAGGCUCCAACCUACUGGGAGAGCUGGCAUCGGUCGUGGCUGACUCUGAGGCUUUCCAGGGCUUUGUGGCUGAGCAGGGCUGCCACUCCGAGCUCGUGAGGCAGACAAUCCAGCAACUACGGUCUGCGAUCUUCGGCAUGGCCUUCCUGCUUCAGCGCUUCCGAGCCGGACACCUCCCCGACCCAGACACACAGGCCAUCAAGUUGGCUACUCAGCGUAUCCAAGAGGCCUACUUUGCUGCGGAGGCGGGCUGCAAAUGA